AUGUUCCGCACCGCCCUCGUUGCCGCUACCCUCGCCGUUGGCGCCAUGGCCGCCGACCUCACCGUCAACACCCCCGGCUCGCUCGUCCAGUGCCAGCCCGUCCUCCUCUCGUGGACCGGUGGUGUCGCCCCCUACUACAUCUCCGUCAUCCCCGGUGGUGACGCCGCUGGUGCCGCUCUCAAGGACUUUGGACAGCAGAGCGCCACCCAGCUCACCUGGACCGUCGACAUUGCCUCGGGCACCUCGGUGACCGUCAAGGUCGUCGACUCGACCGGUGCCAUCAACUACGACUCGCAGCAGACCAUCCAGGCCGGCUCGUCGACCGAGUGCCUCAACGCCUCGGCUUCGGCUUCGGGCUCGGAGACCGCCGCCGCCGCCGCUGACUCGACCGACUCGGCUUCCGUUGCCGGCACUGACGCCGCUGCCACCGCUGCUGGCACUGACGCCGCUGCCACUACCUCGGUUGCCCCCGCCGGCACCACCUCCGGUACCGCCGUCGCCUCUGUCUCGUCGACCAAGGCUUCUGCUUCGGGCUCUGCUUCGGCUUCGGGCUCCGCCUCCAAGGUCGCGUCGGCUUCGGGCUCGGCUGCCGCUUCGGCCACCACCACCGCCUCGUCGGCUACCCGCUUCGUCGCUUCGACCGGCGUUGUCGCCCUCGUCGGUGCCCUCACCUUUGCUCUCUUCUAA